UUGUUGGCCAUGAUGGCGUCGUCCACAGAGCAGAGUCUCCUAGAGCUCACUGAUAAGGAAACUCGGGAGAAAGUGUCACACUGGGACCGUCGCGCGGAUCCGAUGGCGCCGUUAACGGACAAACAGACGGAGUCGGUCCUCGAGAUCCGCGCAGCCGCAGAAGUGGCGCUUCUUCCCGCUGAGCUGCCCAUCGAGGACAUCUGCAGCCUGACGUCUCGCUCUCUGCGCUCGGCGUUCACUGCGACUCUGCCCGAGUCCACAGAGGAGGUGCUUCUGCAAGGCUUUCAGACGCUGGAGCUGGAGAACCACAGGAUCCAGACGGCUCAGCAGUUUUUCUCCUGGUUCUCAAAGCUGCAGGUUCAGAUGGAUCAGGACGAAGCCUCUAAGUACAGGAGGACUCGAGAUGCUCUGCAGGGCUAUCAGGAGCAGUGCGACGCCAUACUGAGCGACGUGAACGCUGCGCUGGAGCGUUUGCAGUCUCUGCAGAAGCAGUACCUCUUUGUGUCGACAAAAACAGGAACGCUUCAUGAGGCCUGUGAACAACUGCUGAAGGAGCAGUCAGAGCUGGUGGAUCUGGCUGAGAGCAUUCAAGAGAAACUCUCAUAUUUUAAUGCACUGGAAAACAUAAACUCGAAACUGAACUCCCCGACACUAUCGGUGAACAGUGAGGGAUUCAUCCCGAUGCUUUCCAAAUUAGACGAAUGCGUAGAAUACGUUUUAUCACAUCCACAUUUUAAAGACUACCCAGUCUAUCUGACCAAAUUCAAGCAGUGUCUUUCCAAAGCCAUGCUCCUCAUCAAGAGCCACACGGUCAGCACCCUGCAGAACCUCACGGCUCAGCUGAGCAAAAGGGACCUGCUGGGCGCUCCGAACGCAGACAACGCCUUCACGCUCUACUAUGUGAAGUUCAGAGCAGCGGCUCCCAAAGUUCAGAGGCUCAUUGAACAAGUUGAACAGCGGUCUGACAAAAUCCCAGAGUAUCAGCAGCUGCUGGAUGAGAUUCAUCAGUGUUAUCUGGAGCAGAGGGAAGUCCUGCUCAGUCCCUGUAUAAACGCCACCAUCACAGAUCUCACCAGCCAGAACAACAAGGAUCACUGCGCUCUGGUGCGCAGCGGCUGUGCGUUUAUGGUCCAUGUGUGUCAAGACGAGCACCAGCUUUACAGCGAGUUCUUCUCCAAACCCUCGUCCAAACUGGAUGAGCUUCUGGAGAAGCUCUGCGUGUCUCUGUAUGACGUCUUGAGGCCUCUGAUCAUCCACGUGGUUCAUCUGGAGACGCUGUCGGAGCUCUGCAGCAUCCUGAAGAACGAGAUGCUGGAGGAUCACGUCCAAAACAACGAGGUGCAGCUGACUGCGUUUGACGCCGUGGUGAAGCAGAUGCUGGAGGACGUUCAGGAGCGUUUGGUCUACAGGACACACAUCUACAUCCAGACAGACAUCAGCGGAUACAAGCCUGCGCCGGGAGACCUGGCCUACCCCGACAAACUCCAGAUGAUGGAGGGUGAGGCUGAAAGCCGUCGAACAGUUUCUCCCGCAGAUCUUCAUGGCAUGUGGUAUCCCACCGUCAGACGGACGCUCGUGUGUCUCUCCAAACUCUACCGCUGCAUAGACAGGGCGGUGUUUCAGGGUCUGUCACAGGAAGCUCUGUCUGCCUGCAUCCAGUCUCUCCUCACAGCCUCUGAUCUCAUUCAGAAGAACAAGACUCAAACUGACGGGCAGCUCUUCCUCAUCAAGCAUCUCCUGAUCAUGCGCGAGCAGAUCGCCCCGUUCCACGCCGACUUCACCAUUAAAGAGAUCUCUCUGGAUCUGAAGAAGACCAGAGACGCUGCUUUUAAAAUCUUCAACCCCAAGGCUGUGCCCAAGUUCUUCCGUCUGAACAGCCAUAACGCUAUCCUUGAGUUCCUACUGGAGAGUACGCCGGAGAUAAGAGAGCACUACAUCGACUCGAAGAAAGACGUGGACCGGCACCUGAAGUCCAGCUGUGAGCAGUUCAUACAGCAGCAGACGCACAUGUUUGUGGGAAACCUGGAGGAGUUUCUCACCAAGGUAGGAGCUUUAAAAACGAUGGCUGUUCAAGGAGGACCGACGUACAACUUCUCGCAGCAGCCCUGGGCUCAGCCGGCCAAAAUUAACGACAUUGUGAUGGCUACCUAUCGGAUACUGAAAAACAAGCUGCCCAUCACGUUACAAAGCAUGUCUUUAUAUCUGGCCAAUAAAGACACAGAGUUCAUCCUGUUCAAGCCCGUCAGGAACAACAUCCAUCAGGUGUUCCAGAGACUGCAUGCCUUACUGCAGGAGGAGUACAGCGGCGAGGACCUGCAGAUCAUCGCCUGUCCCUCCAUGGAGCAGAUAAAUCUGCUGCUGUCUGUGAAAUAGCGCUGGACUCAGUGUACGAUGAAGUUCAGACCAUGUCAGCGUUGGUGAGAAAGAGCCGGAAAACCUUCCUGCGAGGGCAGAAGAUACUGGAGAUAAACCCGUCUUUAUAAUCAAAGACGGUCCAUUUCUGAGGCCUGAACACACUAAAGCCGCUCCGCUGCAGUGCUCGAGCUGCUUCUUCUGAUUAGCUUUGAUACUAAAUCAAGUUGUACAGAUCUAAAUUCUAUGAGGACGGGAAACUGCGUCUGUGCUGAUGGAGUGAGUUCAGUCACGGUUAACACACAUUAUCCGCUAGGGGGCGCUGUGUGUGUGUGUUUGAGGCAGAUUUCUCAAGGGUAAAAGAGCAGAACUAGAUUGAUAAGAGAGCAAGUAACUGUGCAGGUGAAGGAAAUGAUGUGCAUAACAUUUAUUAUUUUUAAAGAAAUAUUUCACUGAGAAAUCUGAAUUCUGGUAUUAUUUAGUCACUCUCGUGUCAUUUAAAGAGAGAGUUCACCCCAAAAUUACAGUUCUGCCAUCAUUUGCUCACUCUCAUGUGGUUCC